GUAGUGCUGUGAAAGAGAUCAUUCUUGCGUGACAUAUAGAUUAUUCCUGCAUAGUAGAUUUUUCUCGUAUGUAAUGUCGCAUUAAUGGAGAAGAAUAUGUAUCUCAUUUUAAAUUUAUUCAUUAUCGUAAUUAAUUUUUCAUUAAUCACUACACAAGACGUUACGCCACAACUGCCACCUGUACGGCUACCCUCGCAGCCACCUACGCUGGACCCGAAUAGACAUUUUAAGAAGCCGGACAAGGAACUGGUUGGCGAAACGUUCGACAAGGACCUGACAGAUUGGCUGUUUACCGGAUGUUGGGGCGAAGAUAAUAAUAAACCGAAUAAAUGCUCACCGUAUCGCACAGCGAUCGAAUAUCCUGGCUACGAUGGAUGGACCAAUAACGUUGGUAGACCGGAACUGGGUGCAGUCGACACUUCGUUGUUAAGAAGACUGCCAGCAGCUUACGAAGAUGGAGUGUAUAAACCGUCAGGCUCUAAAAGACCGGAACCAUUAGAGAUAAGUGAGAAGCUGCUGAGUGGAAAAAUUGGAUCUAAAUCAAGAACGGGGAGAAACGCUCUACUUGUAUUCUUCGGUCAACAGGUGGUGGAGGAAAUUUUAGAUGCCCAGAGACCGGCGUGCCCGCCCGAAUAUAUUAAUAUAAAAAUUCCGGAAAACCACCUGUACAGAGAUAAACCAGGGCACACGGAGAUGCCAGUUUUACGUACGCGGUACAAUCACCGGACGGGCCAUUCGCCCAACAAUCCUCGUCAACAGCUGAACGAGAUUACGCCAUUCUUAGACGGCGGAUUGAUUUACGGUACAUCGAAAGCGUGGUCCGACGUUUUACGGACGAAUGCCAGUGGAAUAUUGCAGGAGGACGGGCAACUCGCGUCGUCGGACCUUGCUCUGUAUCCCGACUACAAUACCGCUAGAUUACCGAUGGCCAAUCCACCGCCGCCUAUUCGCCAUCAUCAAUACGUAUCACGCCAUUACACCGAGAGCGUCACCAGAUACUUCAAAUUAGGGAAUCCUCGAGGGAAUGAAAAUCCGUUUCUGCUCACUUUCGGUAUAAUAUGGUUCAGAUGGCACAAUUUCGUAGCGUCUCACGUUAAACGGCACAAUCCACAGUGGACGAGCGACAAGAUUUACAACGAGGCCCGUAAAUGGGUGAUAGCGACUCAGCAACACAUUGUCGUCAACGAAUGGUUGCCCUCGUGGUUGGGCGACAGACUCGCUACGUACGAGGGUUACAAUCCCAAUAUUGAUCCGCAGAUUGAACAAUUUUUCCAAUCGGCCGCUUUUCGCUUCGGCCAUACCUUGGUACCACCAGGUGUGUACUUGCGCAACUAUGGGAGGAAUAACUGUUCCUUGGAAUCAUACCCAAUUAGAACGUGCAACAAUUACUGGAUGUCGCAGAAUUCUCUCCAUGCCAACUUGACAAGGAUCAAGGGUGUGAUCGACGUGGAGAAAUUACUCAUGGGAAUGGCUGUUCAAUUGUGCGAAGAGGAGGAUCAUAAAAUCGUUGAAGACCUACGGGGCAGUUUAUUCGGUCCACUCGAAUUUUCCAGAAGGGAUUUAAUGGCACUUAAUAUUCAGAGAGGACGUGACCAUGGGGUGCCUGAUUACAAUAGCGCCCGUCGUGCCUACGGUCUGGCGCAAGUUAAAAACGUAUCCCAUUUUAACCGCGUGGAUGUCGCGAUCCGGGAGGAGUUUCUCAGAUUGUACAACAAUUCGUUCGAUGACGUGGAUAUCUGGGUAGGCGGAAUACUAGAGACUGGCGAUGGGCCCGGAGAGUUGUUUCAAGCAAUCAUUCGUGAUCAGUUUCAGCGAAUACGCGACGGUGACAGAUUUUGGUAUAAUAAUACCGCAAAUGGACUUUUCACCGACAGGGAAGUCGAAAGACUGGAACAAUUAUCGUUUUACGAUGUGCUAAUGUGUACCACUAAGAUGGACUGGAACGAUAUUCCAAGGAAUCCUUUUAGAGUUCCUGUCACAGCGAAUGACAUACAUCCUAGUUGUAUCACCAAUAAGAUUGUGAAAGAAGGCAGAUGUACAAGUGGUCCCUGUUUUCACGCCGAUCAAAUAAACGAACGCACAAUUGAGAAUUGCACAGAGCCUGGCACUUAUGACUUUUUCUCCAACAGCAGCGCAUCCUUUAUCCUUACGUUUUUAGGUGUAUCAACAUUAUUUUGUGGUUUCAUCACGUUCAUCAUUUUUAAGAUAGAAUUCAAAGAUAAAAAGUCAGCGAAAGAAAAUGUUAUGUAUAGGAAAGCAGACCACAGUGAUAACAUAGAUAUUAUACAUACUGCUAGCGAAUGGCAAGAGCCAAAGGCUUCACUGAGACGCGUAAUAUUAGUGCCAAAUAUACGAAAGAAGCAACUGGAGGUGAAAAGCCAAUUAGGACACUUGAUACGCGCGGUGGAGUUUCCAUCCAACAGCAACGUCAUGAUUUAUUGCGCAUCUGACAGCCAUUACAUGUUGAUUCGUGUACAUCAUAGUUAUGAUUUGGUGUUAAAGUUUGAUUCUGACUUUUUGAGAAGCGCAUUUAUAAAAACAUUCGAAAAAUUUACAUCGGAAAUCGGUACGUCCGAGGAUGCGAGCUUAAUGCAAAUGAUGACCAACACCACGCAUGCGGCCCUACUCAAGCAAGCGAUAACCAAGAAACAACGUCAAAAAAAAUUGGAAAUGUUUUUCCGUGUUGUAUUUGCACAGGCAUUCCAUAUCGCGCAUACGGAAGAAGAAAUCUUACAAAUAGAUUCGACGGUAGCGCGAGAAGUAAUUCAUACCGAAUUGACCAUCAUUGAGUUUGCGGAAGCCCUGAGUAUGAGACCGGACGCAGAGUUUGUAAAGAAGAUAUUUCAUCUAGUAGACAAGGAUAAGAACGGCUUCAUAUCAUUUCGGGAGUUUGUCGAUAUGUUGGUGAUAUUUCUCAAGGGUUCUGCUGAAGAGAAGAUGAAGCUCAUGUUUGACAUGUACGACAUCAAUGGUACGGGAAGAUUGAGGAGAGAAGAGUUUUCAAAUAUGUUGAGAUCAUUUAUGGAGACUGUCAACGCUGAUGUCACGGACGUUGAGCUGGAAGCUUUGGUGCAAUCCAUGAUGUUUCACGCCGACUUGGCGAGUAAAGAGACGAUAAAUCUACAAGAUUUUCAGCAGAUAUUAAGUGACUUUAAUGAUAAAUUUAACUACGCGGAAUUGGAAUUCAAUGUACCUAUGGAUGGGAAAGGCAACAGGAAACUUCACGCGGGCGUGAAGACAGUUAGGUCGACGUUUAUUGGGGAAGUACAAAAGACGGUGGAGAGUCUAUAUGCCGAUCCAAGCGAAUUACAAUCUAGAGUCGAGGGCAAAGUUGAGAGCGAACAGGAUGGGACAAGUAGUAAUAGUGAAAUUAUCGACAAGAAUGAAAAAAUUGUCCAAGAAAUUCAGAGACACUCGGACGAUUAUUGGUAUCCCAUAAUGAAAUACCUCGCUAACAAACGAUUGCAGAUAUUCUGGGCGUGUUUAUACACUUUGUUCCUGCUUGGGAUUUUCGCCGAGCGAGUAUAUUACUACUCUGUACAACGGGAACAUUCUGGUUUGCGACGGAUAUUGGGCUACGGCUUGACUAUAACGAGAGGCGCGGCGUCGGCUAUGAUGUUUACUUAUUCUACCUUAUUAAUCACCAUGUGUCACAAUACUAUCACCGUUCUGAGAAGCACGACUCUCCAAUUCUACAUACCCUUCGACUCAGCGAUUGAGAUGCACAAGUAUAUCUCUUGUUGGGCACUCGUAUUUACCGUGUUACAUGUAAUUGGACAUGGCUUCAACUUUUAUCACAUAUCUACGCAAACUGCCGAUGAUCUGACGUGUUUAUUUCCCAAUUAUUUCCACGCGACGCAUCAACUUCCCAAGUUCCAUUACUGGUGUUGGGGUACAAUGACGGGUAUAACGGGAGUCCUUUUAACCAUUUUGACCGGAUUAAUAUUUGUGUGCUCGUUGUCGAUGGUACGGAAGUCAUUCUACAACUGGUUCUCGUCGAUACACUCCUUGUACCCAGUUUUCUAUAUACUUACGGUUCUACAUGGCAGUGGAAGAUUAGUACAAGAGCCGUACUUUCAUUAUUUUUUCCUGGGACCAGUCAUUCUGUUUAUUCUCGAUAAAGUCGUAACUGUAACUAGAACGACGAUAGAAAUACCGGUGCUCAAGGGAGAAAUUUUGCCAUCAGGUGUAACGUGUAUAACAUUUGUGAAACCUUUAAAUUUUCAAUACAAAUCUGGCCAGUGGAUCAGAAUAGCAUGCCCAGCGUUACGGACAAAUGAAUAUCAUCCGUUUACUUUAUCCUCCGCGCCACACGAAACGAAUUUAAGUAUACACGUACGAGCGGUCGGACCAUGGACCAGAAAUAUCCGAGAGAAAUUAGAGUUGUGCACGAUGACUAAUGAAAACUUGCCGAUGAUUCACAUAGAUGGCCCGUAUGGAGAGGGUCACCAAGAUUGGGACAAAUAUCAAGUGGCGAUUAUGGUCGGUGGUGGUAUAGGUGUCACGCCCUUUGCAUCGAUACUUAAAGAUAUUGUUUUCAAGUCCAAUUGCAACGUCAACUUUGGUUGCAACAAGGUGUAUUUCAUUUGGGUGACUAGAACGCAAAAGCAAUUUGAAUGGAUGGUCGAUAUAUUGAGAGAGCUCGAGAAAGUAGAUGUCAAGAACACUGUAUCUAUUCAUAUCUUUGUUACUCAAUUCUAUCAAAAAUUCGACCUACGCACGAUACUUUUGUAUAUUUGCGAGCGUCAUUUUCAAAAGAUUUCAAACAAGUCUCUGUUUACUGGCUUGAAGGCUGUGACACAUUUUGGACGACCCAAGUUUUCUCAAUUUUUCUUAUCUAUAGAAAAGUUACAUCCUACCGUAAAUAAGAUUGGUGUUUUUAGUUGCGGCACACCGGCCAUGACGCAAGCAGUGGACGCAGCUUGCAAAGCCAUUAACCUAACAGAAGUUAACGACACGUUAUUUCAACAUCAUUAUAAAAGUUUCUAGUGUAUCAUUUCGACAUGAUAUAAAUGAAUAUUUUCUACAUUAACCAAUUGCACAUGUGUGUCGCAUAAAUAAUAUCAAUAAAGUUGUGUAAUAAUAA